AUGUUGUCCGAUAUGAGAGGGUACAAAGGGUGGAACGGCCUCAUUAACUUCCUGGCGCUACCUCUUUGCCUGGCGUUCAGGCACACCUCUCUCCUUCUUCCUCUGGUUCUAGAGGCAAAUCACUACGUAAGGGAGCAACCCAUCUGGUGGCCUCGAGCCCCACGAGCUCAGCCAAGCCGAUGUCAAAGUGGAUGGUGGUGGGGUCAAUGCCUCCUCGCAAGUCAGCGUCAUGCUGAAGGACGGUACCUGUCAGGCAUGGCAAAACGGGCGUUUCCCAAGGCUCCAAAGAGUGAUACGGAGUUGGUGUGGACAUGGUGGUGGUUCUAUUGGCGAAGGGGAAUGAUGGGUGUUGGGGAGUGGAGGUUGAGGGGUGUCAUCUGCUAUCACAGGGCGGAAGUUUUCCAGGAACGUCACCACAGUGAUGGUGGGCACUUUGCUAUCAUGGCCGAGAAUAUCUGUAGACCAUCAGAUAUGAAUCAACCGGUAGGACUGACCACGAUACAGCACCAUGUAUCGUUGCUCACUCCCAAGGCGCUGGUAGCCAUUUUCAGCCAGAUGCAGGGGUUUCUGCCUCCUCCCCCACCUCCUCUGCCAGUGCCGCCAGUGCCAGUAAUCCAGCAAAACCUGGAACUUUUGUCGUCAAUGCAAUACCUUGCUCGAAGGAUGGAAGGAAUCGAAAAGGACCCCUGUCCUCGAUGGAAGCGCGGAAAAAAACAAGAAAUCCCAGGAGCCCUUAAGGAGCCCGCAUAUAUUCUGAAUGUCACAAAGGCGAGGCUUGGUGCAGCACAACCGACUACUCGUCCGGAACUACAGAUGCUGAACAGUGGUUGUCUCUUUUAUUUGAUCCACUGCAUUAGGAGUGUUUGCACAAGAAAAUUUACGAUCUCACUGGACUUCAUUGCAAGUGAGAUUGGUAGUGAUGGACGUGAUGACGCGAUGUCCGAUCCACCAAAGAUGAUGUUCUACUUCCAGGCGUGUACCUACUGGUUUAAUGCAGGUCUCGAAUAUUUCGAAGAACUGGACGUGAUUCGAUAUGAGCAGCGCAAGGAAUGCAAACGAACAACGGCACUCACCAGACGUGUUAACCUCAACAACACCAACAACAUCCCACCAUCGAUUCCAACCUUCCCGUUUAUGCUUGAUUCCAACUGGCACGACUCUUACCAAGCUGAAAAUCCUCAUGCACUGAUUGAGAUGUACGAACAAGACCCUCGAGGCUUCAAAAAGCCAGAAUAUCAGCAUGAAGACAAUCCGACCCAAGGCAACAGCGAGAAGGCCAGAAAAAAUAGUAGCACUGACAGUCAUGAUGCAAAUGGCGAUAGCGAUGGUACCGAUGAUGGCUUGAAUAGUGAUGACUGA